CACCAUGUAUCAGCUACUACCCGUCGUGUCGGUUCCUCUGCUAGCCAGCCUGGUGCAUGGCUAUGCUGAUCCCGGAGCUUGUUCGGGUGUUUGCACCACGCAUGAUCCCGGGUUGAUUCGAAGGGAGUCUGAUGGUACUUGGUUUCGUUUCUCCACGGGAGACAAGAUCUCCUACGUUUCUGCAUCGUCCAUUGAGGGUCCAUGGACCAGUGUUGGGUCUAUGCUGCCAGACGGAUCGUCGAUCGAUCUGGAAGGCAAUGAUGAUCUCUGGGCCCCUGAUGUCUCCUACGUGGACGGCCUCUAUUACGUGUACUAUGCGGUUUCAACUUUCGGAUCCCAAGAUUCAGCCAUUGGACUUGCGACAUCAGAGACCAUGGAAUAUGGCACAUGGACUGAUCAUGGCUCGACUGGCAUUGCGUCUUCUUCUGCCAAGAUAUACAACGCCAUCGACCCUAACCUGAUCUAUGCCGAUGGCACCUAUUACAUAAACUUUGGGUCAUUCUGGGAUGAUCUCUAUCAAGUUCCCAUGGAUUCGGAUCCUACCAAGGCCGCCUCGUCCUCCUACAACCUUGCGUAUGAUCCGUCAGGAACCCAUGCGGAGGAGGGCUCGUUCAUGUACAAGUAUGGGGACUACUACUACUUGUUUUAUUCGGCCGGUAUUUGCUGUGGAUAUACCUCAUCCAUGCCCGCUGCUGGGGAAGAGUACCACAUCAAGGUCUGCCGCUCGACUUCACCCACGGGCGACUUUGUUGAUGCUGAUGGUACGGCUUGCACUGACGGCGGCGGCACGAUGGUCCUUGAAAGCCAUGGAACGGUCUAUGGGCCUGGUGGACAGGGUGUCUAUGAUGAUGAGGACCUUGGCCCCAUUCUCUACUACCACUACAUGAACACCACGAUCGGGUAUGCCGAUGACGAGGCUCAGUUUGGAUGGAACACUAUCGACUUUUCCAGUGGGUGGCCCGUGGUAUAGGAGCGUCAGUGGAGGGGGGUGGUGACUGUUGCGACUUGUACAUAUGUACUCCGUAGGAACCAGUCAACAUGUAUAUACUGCAGCUAAGACUCUUUCCAGUCAAUGUUGACUGUUCACCUGGGCGAUCCCGGGUUCGUAUGCUGCCUGAGGCCGAGGUCUGUAUUCCUCGCUCAAGCCUUGCCGCUGCUCCCCAUCACAUCCAUCCACCCCUCCAUCGCUUGGGUGAGAACAUCGAUCCCCUCAGUCAUCAGUUGGGUCAGGGGUUUAUGCACAUUCGCUCGGAGAUACUCAUGCCACGGGUCUAGAACCAGUUUAUUGACAUUGAAUUUGGUCACACCGGCUGCGAUACAGGCGCGACACAGCUCUGGUGGAAAGUCAUUCGUCCCGUGCAGCACCAGCCGGGCGCGUCCAGCCAGCGCUUGAUAAAUUUGACGCAGCCUAUGAGAGUGAG